UGCGCUGCUGCCGCUGCUGCUGCUGCUGCUGGCGCUGACCACCACCGGAGCCGACCCUCUGUGCAGCGCCACCCCGACCAGCUCCACCUCCUCCGCCGCCGCCUCCUCCACCGCCGCCACCUCCGCCACCUCCGCUCCCACCGCCACCGCCGCCGCCGCCUCCGCCUCCACUGCCGCCACCGACACCUCCACCCCCGCCACCACUCCCACCACCACCCCCACCCCCUCCACUGCCGCCACCGCCACCUCCGCCACCCCCGCCAGCCCCUCCAGCACCCUUGCCCCCCUUGCCCUUGCCGGUGCGGCGUCUCCCGCUUGGGGCAGACGCAGCGCCGACCGACUCGAAACCAACGAGGUCGGCCGCAGCAGCAGAGGCAACAGAGGGCAAAAGGGGGGAGGGGGAACACCCCUCAAAGACGGGGGUGCGAGGGUCACCACGAGAGGCUCCUACAGCGACUAUGCUCUUCUCUGCUGCUAG